AUGACCGAAGGGUCGAAACAGAACUGGAACACAGUGUUUUCCGUACUUCGUGAGCAGUACCGUAGACGAUUCUUCGAACUACUAGACUCUAACGAAGGCUCAAAGGUUCUGGUAUGGGAUCCUGAUUUGAUACAGCCGUUCAACCUGUUAACCGGAUUCAAGGAACUGCAAGACCGAAAGGUUGUACAGAUGUUACAGCUGAAGACGAGGAUUAGCGUCGCAUCUGGCGCUGCGCACGUGGUUUUCGUCCUUCGUCCCGUCGUCGCCAACAUGCAGGUAGUGGCCGAUGCGGUUCUGGACGCGGCGAUCGGAAGCAUCGUCAAGUUCCACCUGCUGUUUGUUCCUCAGCGUUCCGUAGUGUGCGAACACAAGCUGAAACAACUCGACGCGUUAUCAGUCGUAACGUCCAUCCAUGAGUUGCCUGUAUUCUUCUUUCUCUGGGACAAAGAUGUAAUGUCAAUGGAGCGUGAAGAUUUGCUGGAAAGAGUUCUGGUGGAAGAGGACGACUCACUAUUGUUCACCGUAGCGAUGGCCAUGGUGCAAUUACAGAAGGGCUUCGGACAAAUCCGGCAUUUCUACUGCAAGGGAGAACAUUCGUGUAAGGUCUAUCGAAUGAUGAAGAACGUCUUAUCGAAAGAAAAGCUUGCCAAUUUCGCUACCCGCUUUUCGCCCAUCAAUUCUGUGAUUAUGCUUGACCGCUCCAUCGAUCUGAUCACACCGUUG